CGUCAGUGAUAAUGAGGGUCACAGGGUACCUUUAUAAAUGAGCUUCAGAGUUCCAGUUAUCGCAGUCUCUUUAUGAGUAAAUGAACCGUCGCCGGUUCUUACACACGCUUAAAAUAAAGUAAUAAAAAAAAAUUAAAAUGCCUUGGACUAGCACGAACAGAAUUUAUGCGAAACCCUCAAAUACAAGUUCAGGUGAAGCAGGCCCGCUAGUUGCAAUGGGAGCUAGAGCUGCUACUACGGCUGCCGCAGAUACAGGCGGCCGCUUUGAACUCAGUGAUCAUGGAUAUGGAAAGAGUUCUGUUAAACUCUUACACGUGCACAGAGACGGGGAAUACCAUGUCAUCAGAGAGUUUGAAGUGUCUACAGAAUUAAAACUUGCAUCAGAGUCCGCAUACAUCAUAGGCGAUAACAAAGAGGUUGUAGCUACUGACUCGCAAAAGAACACCGUUUAUUUACUUGCUAAGAAAUAUGGAAUUAAGACUCCCGAAGAGUUUGGUGCGGUUGUAGUGAAUCAUUUCCUUUAUACGUAUAGACAAGUCGUCGAAGCAAAGUGUCACAUUAUAGAAUAUCCCUGGGAACGGCUGCAAGCGGGCAGUCCACAUAAUCAUGCAUUCGUAUUUGCUCCGACUGCAACUAGAUGGUGCGAAGUGUCACAAAUACGACACGAGGCUGUCGCUGUAAAGUCUGGAUUGAAAGGUCUUCGUGUUUUGAAGACUACGCAGUCAUCUUUCGUUGAUUUCGUUCAAGAUGAGUAUACUACGUUAGCUGAUGCUCCUGAAAGAAUAUUUAGUACCAUAGUUGAAGCGGAAUGGUCAUACGACAACAUGAAAUCAGCAGAUUUCGACAAUGCAUGGUUGACCGUGAAAGAUGCUAUUUUGGAAAAGUUCGCUGGUCCACCUGACACCGGCGUUUAUUCACCAUCCGUACAACACACACUGUACCAAGCAGAAAAAACCGUCCUAGAAAAAGUAUCUGAGAUUACGUGGAUUAGGAUGUCAAUGCCGAAUAAGCACUAUCUUAACAUUGACGUUUCGAAGUUCCCUGCGAAUGUGACCAAAGGUGAUCCUCGUCACUACAUAUAUCAGCCCAUUGACAAGCCGGCGGGUCUCAUCUACGCGCAACUUCGCAGACGUCCUAAAAGCCACUUGUGACCUUGAGCACUUUAGACUAUCGAAGCGAGAGUCUGCUUCACUUAGGCCCUAAGAUAUAAAUACGGAGAUAUCAUGCAACAUAAUGAUUACGUGUUGCGGCAUGAAAUUGUUAAUUAGUUUAUUUUUAUAUUUCUGUUGAAUAUUCUUGAUGUUGCGAUUGAUGCCUUCGAGUAAGAAAUAUGGCAUUCCCUUAUAGUAAGGGUAAUCAAAUGUAAACUUGUAAAAUAAAAUAAGUGUUGUAUCGUAUAGUGCUAUAUAUAAAUAUGCUCUAAGCCUACAAAAAGCACAAGAUAUAAAAAAAUAACUAGUCAAGAUUAUAUCUGAGCGAUGUUUGCUUUUGACGGUGUAGGUAGAAGUGUUUGUCAAAGACUUUCAAAAAGAUCAAGUCAUGUUUUAGUACAAUUAACAUAUUAAUAAAGCUACUAAGUAUUAUAAA